AUGCUGGGGCGGAGGGCGCAGUGGCUGUGCUGGUGGUGGGGGCUGCUGUGCAGCUGCUGCGGGCCCCCGCCGCUGCGGGCCCCCCUGCCCGCCGCCGCCGCCGCCGCCGGCGGGGGGGCGCUGCUGGGGGACGGCGGGAGCCCGGGCCACGCGGAGCCGCCGCCGCCGCCGCCGCCGCAGUCCUCCUCCUCCGGCUUCCUCUACCGGCGGCUCAAGACGCACGAGAAGCGCGAGAUGCAGAAGGAGAUCCUCUCGGUGCUGGGGCUCCCGCACCGGCCCCGGCCCCUGCACGGCCUCCAGCAGCCGCAGCCCGCUGAGCUCCCGCAGCAGCAGCCUCGCGGGGAGCCCCCUCCCGGGCGGCUGAAGUCUGCGCCCCUCUUCAUGCUGGAUCUGUACAACUCCUUGGCAGCCGCCGACGAGGAGGACUGGGCGUCGAGCGAAGAGAGGCGGCAGCCCGGGCCGCGAGGAGGGGCGGGCUCGUCCCAGCCGCGGCAGCCGCCCCCCGGCGCGGCGCACGCGGGCAACGGCAGGAGCCUCCUGGCCGCGGGACCCGGCGGCGGCACGGCCCCACUGACCAGUGCGCAGGACAGCGCCUUCCUCAACGACGCGGACAUGGUCAUGAGCUUCGUGAACCUGGUGGAGCACGAGAAGGAGUUCUCCCCUGGCCAGCGAUACCACAAAGAGUUCAAGUUCAACUUAUCCCAGAUUCCUGAGGGUGAGGCGGUGACGGCUGCAGAAUUCCGAAUCUACAAGGACUGUGUUGUGGGGAGUUUUAAAAACCAAACUUUUCUUAUCAGCAUUUAUCAAGUCUUGCAGGAGCAUCAGCACAGAGAUUCUGACCUAUUUUUGUUGGACACCCGCGUGGUGUGGGCCUCAGAAGAAGGCUGGCUGGAAUUUGACAUCACAGCCACUAGCAAUCUGUGGGUCAUGACCCCACAGCACAACAUGGGGCUUCAGCUGAGCGUGGUGACUCAGGAUGGACUCAACAUCAACCCACGAGCCGCAGGCCUGGUGGGCAGAGAUGGCCCUUAUGACAAGCAGCCCUUCAUGGUGGCCUUCUUCAAAGUGAGUGAGGUCCACGUGCGCACCACGAGGUCAGCCCCUGGGCGGCGCCGACAGCAGAGCCGCAAUCGCUCCACCCAGUCGCAGGAUGUGUCGCGGGUCUCCAGCGCUUCAGAUUAUAACAGCAGUGAGUUGAAAACAGCCUGCAGGAAGCAUGAGCUUUAUGUGAGCUUCCAGGACCUGGGAUGGCAGGACUGGAUCAUCGCACCCAAGGGCUAUGCGGCCAACUACUGUGAUGGAGAAUGUUCUUUCCCACUCAACGCACACAUGAACGCCACGAACCACGCCAUUGUGCAGACGCUGGUUCACCUUAUGAAUCCCGAGUAUGUCCCCAAACCGUGCUGUGCACCAACCAAACUCAAUGCCAUCUCAGUUCUUUACUUUGAUGAUAACUCCAAUGUCAUCUUGAAAAAAUACAGGAAUAUGGUCGUCAGAGCUUGCGGAUGCCACUAACUCAAGACCAGUCGCUGGGGACACAGAUGCUGCCUUGGGUUCCCAGAUGACGUCUGCCUUAAAAAACAAAAAAA